AUGCCCUCUAUCCUCAACCUCAAGUUCAAGGGUAACAAGAGUUUCGUUGCAUUCAGCAAUCUCAACGACAGCGAGUCCCUCACCAAGACCUGGAAGGUCUGCACAAAGGUAGCCAGCUACCUUGAGCAGGGACAGCGCCUUGAGAAUCUCAGUUGGCGGCUAUGGCAUCUCCAGAAUCUUAUGGUCGACACCGACAAUGCCAAGUCCAAGCGCGAGUUCAAGAAGCUUUCGAAAUGUAUGGGCGACAAGCUAGACAAAGAGAAGGGAAGAAGCAUUGAAGAGCUCGAGGCGCCAGACUUCAAGUCCAGUCAUUCGAUAGAAAUCAUUCGCCAGCGUGCAGUAGAGAAGGAGCGCAGCCGAGAAGCAAGUCAGAACGCGAAACCAGGCACCAUUAAGCGCAUGCAGUUCACCUUCAGCGUCGACCAACCUUCGCCUGCCGUCAGUACCUUUGUCCAGAAACCAGACCUCAAACCCUCUCCCGAGUUCCAUAAACGGCCCAGGGCCGGUGCUCGCUAUGAGAACGAGGACCACGCCACCAACGACAACGACAAGGAUCCUCCCUUUACACAGCGCGGGCGCAAGGAAGCCGAUCAACAAUACCUACGAUUCCCACCUCUUUUCUCCAAUGAUUUUGGUCCUACCGCUCUAUUGUAUCCUGCUCCCACUCUCACGACACGUAUGAACUACGGCGAAGGACAUAAUCCCUCGGGCGCCAGUAAUGACGGUUUCAGCAUCAUGCGGCCCACUAUCGAACUUCCACUCGAUGAACUUCUCACCAACGUGGACGCCAGCGAAAGCCCUCCUGUGGCGUCACCUUCACCACCUGCUACAUCUUACGAAUUACCUCAAGAUAUGUACAACAACACCACAGAGGCUAUGCAGCAGGACACGGAUGUCCCCAUGACAAACGGCUCUUCUUCCAGCUCUUCUUCGUCCAGUAACACCGGCCUCUCGGAUGACAGCAGCGAGAGCGAUGACGAGGACAGCGAUGAUUUCAUGGCGCCUUUAGGCAAAAAGGCACCUCCCAUUGCGGAUACUCCCGCGACAGUGGCGCCUUUCAAAGUCAAUUCUCUCCUCGAACACAUUGCCAGAUCCAAUACCCCCACCGGGCGCCCGUCUCUUUCCGUGCGAACUUGUGGAACCCCCAACACACGAUCAUCUGGGCCAGGCGCCACCGCGACGAGCCUCAACUCCUCUCUCUUACGCAGUGUAACAACUACGGCUAAUAAUUCAGCGCCCGGUGGCGUCAAGGCCGAGUGCUCGAACUGUGGUGCCACUCAUACACCCCUCUGGAGGCGCGGACUCAACGACGAGCUCAACUGCAAUGCCUGUGGUCUAUACUGCAAAUUGCACAAGCGCCCUCGGCCGAAGACGAUGCGUAACACUCACGGAGAAGGCCGAACGCAGUCUACACCCCGCCAAGAAUCCGUAGAUGUCAUGGCACAAUGCUACAAUUGUCACACCACCACCACCCCUUUGUGGCGCAAGGACGACGAGGGUAAAACUGUUUGUAAUGCAUGCGGUCUGUACUACAAAUUACAUGGCUCAGCACGUCCGAUAUCCAUGAAGUCAGAUGUAAUCCGCAAACGGUCACGUCAUGAUGCGCGUCGGGCUGCGAGCGGCGGCAACAACGAUACUCCUUCAGCCAGUCCUGGGGUGAGUCGUCGCGCUUCUCCUGUGCGGGAGUCUUCUCCGACGCUCGCGCCGGAUUCGACGACUCAGAUGACCUACGAAUACAACGAGGAAGUCGAGUAUCGCGCUACGCAAUCCGAAUUGAUGGGCGCGUUAGGCCAGGACAUGAACCAGGGUCCCAUGUACCAGAGCAUGUUCAAUUACCAGUUCCCGGGACCCUACCAUCCCGACCAGAUGAGCCAGCUUACACUGCAUUCGGAUGCUCUUCCUUUCGCCUCUGUCGACUUUGAGUCUGAUCAGAGUUUGACGCAGAGGAGGAACAAGCGUCGUAGGAUGAGCAACGACUCGGCGUCCGAGCCGCCUUCCUCUGCUGUUUCCUAUUCCUCGUUUACGGACGGAUAUUCUACGGCUUCUUCGGCCACCUCUCACUCGCAGCGAUCAUCUAUGGAUUUCCCAUUCAGUAACUACUCGUCGACCUCAUACGGCGGAGGUUUUCGCGGUGUGGAGGACCCGUUCUGGCAUCCACCUUUGCAAUCUCAGAACGACAAUUCUCCGCAGUUCUGCCACCCUCCCAUGCUUCCACCGGACCAAGACUCUCCGAUGGACUACCUUCACCCGCCUGCGGGGAAUAUGCCAAUGCAGGAGGAGGAAUCGUUCUUUUCUACGUACUUACAUCCUCCGAUGAUGUUGCCCGAUGAUUCUCCGUCGAAUCCGAUGCAGGGGAAUUGCAUGCAUGCUAUGUCGCCUCCUACGCUGAUGUACCCGGGCAAUAUGAAUGACUACCGUACGCAUGGGUAUGACACUCAUAUGCGGUCGUAUUAG